AUGUCCCGCAGAGUCACUCGUUCUUCUGCGAGGCUCGCUGCAGAGUCUGGCGCCCCGUCUACCACACUCUCACCCGACUCCGAUCCCUCCCCUACGUCGCUCCCUCCCUCAGGCUUGUCCAAGAAGCGAAAGGCUCCUGGCCGUCGACCUUCCAGUCCUGUCGAUCCCCUGCAAGAUUCGUCCCCCUCGUCUGCUCCACCGCGGGGAAAGAGGCAGAAGGUCGUUGAGCCUCCACAACCUCAAGCCCCCUCCUUGCAGCCCUCUCGCACAAGCAGGAGUAAGACUUCUAGCACUGCUACGGCAAUGUCGAACAAUGCGUGGGCUUCUCCUUCAACUGUGAGUCAGGACAAAUCCGCUGAAAAACUCAGGUCAUCCUCUCGGUAUACAGACGAAGCAUCCAAACAGUUGACUUCAAAGUCCAACUCUAGACGUCCUUCGAGCAGCAAUAACAAGAAAGCUCGACCAGAUCUAUCUCCUCCAUCGCAGCAGACCACCUCUUCCCGUCGACCAAAGAAGCGCCCAAUCAAGAAGGACAACGAUGUCAUCAUGAAGGAUGAUGAAGAUCCUGAUCACAGACCUUCAAGACGAGAAAAGGAGUCUAGUCCGCCUCCCAACCAAUCCAAUAGCGAUAGCAACGACGGUGACAACCACAGCGACAUGGACGACGAUGAUGGGCAUGACCCUUUCGCUGCGGCACUCUUUGGUGUUGGUCGUGGCGGUCCCUCUUCGGGCCUGUCAAGUACGCUUCGAGCUCUGAGUGGAAUGAUGAGCGGCAUGUCAUCAAGACUAAGGGAAAUCUUGAGCAAUCUCCGUCAGGUGGACAACCCGACAAUGCAGAUGUUGGCGCUUGAGGAGCUUUCCAAUUUGUUGUUGGUCUCUAAUGAAGACAAUCUCUCGGGCCAAUUUUCGCCAGACCCUUACGUCAAAGAGUUAGUCAGUUUGAUGCAACCAAAUCCCAUCACAGGCGAAGAAAACCCUGAAAUGAUGCUCCUGGCAUGUCGUUGUAUUGCAAAUCUAAUGGAAGCUCUUCGAGGCUCUGUUGCAAAUGUGGUUUAUGGUGGAGCUGUACCGGUCCUUUGUCAGAAAUUGCUUGAUAUCCAGUACAUCGAUGUUGCUGAGCAGGCCUUGAGCACGUUGUCCAAAGUCUCAAUCGACUUCCCUGGUUCCAUUGUCCGCGAAGGCGGCUUGACCGCUUGUCUGCAAUUCCUUGACUUCUUUGCAACAGGUACACAGCGAACUGCCGUUACUACCGCAGCGAAUUGCUGUCGUAACAUUCCCCACGAUUCAUUCCCGGUCAUCCGAGACGUCAUGCCGAUUCUAUUGAACGUCCUAGCCAGUCAUGACCAGAAAGUCGUUGAGCAGGGCUGUCUUUGUGUCACACGAGUCAUCGACAGUUUCAAACACAGUCCUCACAAGCUUGAGCAACUGGUUGAUGCAUCGCUGCUUCGGGCCAUUCUGGGCCUCCUGCUCCCUGGUACCACGAAUUUGAUUGGUGCAAACAUCCAUACCGAAUUCUUACGCGUCCUGGCCAUUGUUGCCCGCUCCAGCCCCCGCUUGUCAGCAGAACUGCUCAAGAUGAAUGUCGUUGACACUCUAUACCAAAUCCUUACUGGUGUUUCCCCGCCCUCCGAAACUUCAGAUGCUGCCUCAAGAAUUGACAGCGUCGUGAUCAUGCAAGCCUUGAUCCAUCGACCUCGGGAACAAAUCUAUGAAACUCUCAACGUCAUCUGCGAAUUACUCCCUCGUCCCAAGAUGGGUCAUGAUCUUGAUGCUGAAGUUUAUCAAGAUAUGGACGAGGAACUGUCAGAUAGUGCUCACGAUUCUACAGCUGAUAAGCCCUCCCGACUGGAGACAAGACUUCAACUACUGGAAACUUGCAAGCAAGAAACGCGCCGAUUUGCAAUGAUUCUUUUACCAACUCUGACAGACGCUUAUUCUAGUACCGUCAACCUCAGUGUGCGGCAAAAGGUUUUGAUUGCUCAACUUAAGAUCCUGUCCAAUCUCGAGACAACUGUUAUCGAAGAGGCUCUCCGGCCAGUGCCCUAUGCAUCAUUUCUUGCUUCAAUUCUCUCCCAGGAGGACCACCCGAGCCUCGUAAUGUUUGCCUUGGAAGCAUCAGAACUUCUCUUCGAGCGACUUGAAGAUAUUUAUCAGUAUCAAUUCCAUCGGGAAGGUGUUAUUGGAGAGAUUAAGAAACUUGCCGAUCGCCCCCUUGAACGUAAUAGAAAAGGCUCCUCUGGGCAUGAGCGCUCCAGUGGAAAUAGCCAGUAUGCGGCAGGGCCUUCCACGACAGACAUUCUCCCACUUGGUCACUCCAAGCCACAAGACGCUCGCGCAGAAGAGGAUGAUAAUGAUCAUAGUGACGAAGACAAUGAGGAGGACGAUGAUGACGGUGACGACGAUCCAGAGGACGAUGAUGAAGACGAUGAAGACGAUGAAGAUGAAGAAGAUCUUGCGAUUCGACACGAUCAUGACCUCGAUGAUUCGCAGAGUUCAGGCUCCUCCGACGAAGAAAUGCCAUCUCCUCUAGCCAUUGCCGGUAUUGCCGACUUGGUCGUUUUGCGGGCUAAGAAAUUCCUCGACAAACACGACACAAGAAGGGGCAAAGAACUGAAAGCCAAGGCAGCAAGUAUUCGUAAUAAUCUCCACAAGCUUGCCGGCGAUAUCGAAAACUUUUAUGCUGCCCCGAUUGAUUUCGAAACGGAGAGUUCAUUGUUCAGUGGUCUUGCAAGAUAUUUCGAUGGGGAUGCUUUAGAAAGCAUAACAAGCUCGGAGUUACUAGACUCCGGAGUGAUUCGCGCCCUGUUAAAAGUUCUGUGUGACGACCCCCAUCCGGCAUCCAGUUCCGCACGAGCAGACUUCGUGCUGUCUUUCAUGGGUUCUAUUAACAAAUCAAACAUCAAGACAGCAUCAAAAUCUUCAAAUCCCACGUCGCUGAGCGUUUUGAUUCAGAAACUUCAAGACUUGCUGAGUCGAGCUGAACAUUUCGAGGUUUUGACGGUUAACAACAAUGCCGCAGAAAGUACCAGAAGUAGUUCCACUUCCAUGCUCUCACGCCAAAUUCGACUUAGGCUCUCAGCAGACAGCGAUAGUGACAUUCCAUCAACCUACCGUGAGAUGAUAGUUUCGAUCCACGCAAUAGCGACCUUCAAAGCUCUAGAUGAUUAUUUGCGCCCUCGCUUCAGCUCCUCCGACCGUCCUGCCUCGGCUCAGAGACGUCGAGACAUGUUGCAACAAAUAGCAAAUGCUCGGCUGGCUCAUCUCUCUGGAGCGGCUGAAUCGGGCCUCUUUUCACCGUUUGGUCACGAGCUUGGAUCGCCCGCGGCCCCUCCACCUGCUGCUGCAGCAUUAAGCUCUGAAUCUCGUCUCUCAUCUCGCAAUAAGCAGCGGUCUGAAGCGAAGCAAGGCACAGCAGACAAGAGUGAAGGAGGAAGAGUCGAACCAAAACGUUCGAGUCGACGGACACAGGCAUCUUCAUCAAGACCACCACGACCUGCUCCCGAGCCUAGUACUGAAGCCGCUACCAACACGCUUGAAUGCGCAGAUGAGAAGACUCUAGAUGAUGAACAUGCUCCAGAAACAGAGGCUGAUGGCACUUUGGAAGCGUUCGUCGACGGCAUCGAGGAGGAUAUGUCUGAGGAAGAUAUGCCAGAACCAGGGGCCAUCAAUAUGGAGGUGGGUUCUACAGGCAAGGUUACCGCUCGUCAAGACGAUGGUACUAGGGUUUUCACUCCUCAACCGGGCACACCCGUACCAGGUGGUACUCGGCCACCUUCCUCAGAUCAAUCGCCAGGUCCAUCUCCUGCAAGUACCUCCACAACCGGCCCUAGACCCUCCUAUGCAUCGGCAUUGUCAUCAACACCUCAAGAUUGGCAUAUCGAGUUCAGCAUUGACGGUAAAGUCAUCCCUAACAAUACCACCAUUUAUCGUGCUGUUCAUCAUAACCGUGACCAGCCUCAAGACUCUUCGUCAAGAAGUGUGUGGUCGGGUGUUCAUACCAUCAAAUUUCGCAAAGUCCGAGGUCCACCCCCCAAGACCUCUGCCCUUCCCGUUUGGAACGGAUCAGAGAACAAGGCCGAGUCCAGUGAUGGUCUUCCAGCGUCGUUGAAUGGCCACCCGGUGACGUCCUCUAUUCUUGCCCUGCUACGAAUUCUUCACGAGCUAAAUGGAAAUCUCGAUGAUGUACGUGAAAGUACCGGCCAACCUAAUCUAAUGUUGCAUGCAGAACCGCUCGCGUCCUUUAUCAACACUAAGUUGACGGCCAAGAUGAACCGUCAAUUGGAAGAGCCCUUGAUCGUCGCUAGUAACUGCUUGCCGGACUGGAGUGAAGAUCUUGCAAGAACAUUCCCAUUCCUUUUUCCCUUCGAAACGAGACACUUGUUCUUGCAAUCAACCUCAUUUGGUUAUUCACGUUCGAUGAUUCGCUGGCAGAACAGCCAAUCUGAAAACGAAGAUCGUCGUGACCGUCGGAGAGAUGAUCGACCAAUUAUGGGACGCCCACAGCGCCAGAAGGUUCGCAUUUCUCGACACCGCAUUCUGGAGUCCGCCAUGAAAGUGAUGGAUAUGUACGGUGCAUCCCCAAGUGUUUUAGAAGUCGAGUAUUUUGAAGAAGUUGGCACAGGAUUGGGACCUACGCUUGAGUUCUACUCCAAUGUCUCGAAAGAAUUUUGCAAGAAGAAACUCAAGAUGUGGCGCGAAAACGACUCUGGCGACAACGAUCAAUUUGCUUUUGGCAAGAAUGGGCUCUUUCCCGCGCCCUUGAGUACAGCUGAAAGUCGCAGUGAAGCCGGCAAGAAACUGAUGCUCCUUUUCAAAACACUGGGCAAAUUUGUCGCACGCUCGAUGCUUGACUCGAGAAUCAUAGAUGUCUCAUUCAGCCCGACAUUUUUCAAGGUUGGGGAAAAUUCAGCCGCGCCAUCUCUCGGUUUACUACGAACGAUUGAUCACGAUCUUGCCAACUCCUUGUCGCAGUUGCAGCAAUUUGUCAAAGCUAAAAUCAAAAUCGAAACUGACUCAACAAUGACACAUUCUGCAAAGGCGCAGGCCAUCAAUGACUUGACUAUCCGUGGUGCUCGAAUUGAAGACCUUAUGCUCGACUUCACAUUGCCAGGAUAUCCCGACAUCGAAUUAGCAGAGAAUGGCCAGGAAAUUCCUGUUACUAUGGACAAUGUUCAAGACUAUGUCGAUAAGGUUCUCGACUUGAGUCUCGGCAGUGGAGUGCGUCGACAGGUUGAAGCCUUCCAGACUGGCUUCUCUCAGGUCUUUGCGUACCCUACUCUUAAAGCUUUCACUCCAGACGAGUUGGUCAUGUUGUUUGGAAGAGUUAACGAGGAUUGGUCGAUUGAAACUUUGAUGGACUCCGUCAAGGCUGAUCAUGGUUUCAAUAUGGACAGCAAGAGUGUGAAGAAUCUUUUGCAGACCAUGUCCGAGCUGACGCCCGCUCAACGCCGAGAUUUCCUGCAAUUUGUAACUGGCAGUCCCAAAUUACCGAUAGGAGGGUUCAAGAGUCUCACGCCAAUGUUCACGGUGGUUUGCAAGCCUAGCGAGCCCCCUUACUCUUCCGACGACUAUCUGCCGAGUGUUAUGACUUGUGUCAAUUACUUGAAACUACCUGACUACUCAACACAAGCCAAGUUGAAGGAGCGAUUGUUUGUGGCUAUUCGCGAAGGACAGGGAGCAUUCCAUUUGUCCUGA